AGCGACGUCGGCGAGCGUCAAAUGAAGCCAGCAACAGCGGGCGCCGCUCGUCGGCAGUUCGCGCGCAGGCGCCGCGAGCAGCAACAGCAACCACAGCAACAGCAGCAGCAGCAGGAGCGCAGGACACGCCUGAGUCCCGUAUGGAACUCCAACUGGAACAGCGAAAAGCGUGCGCCGGCGGGAAGGUUCUCCAACAUAGCCGUCGUGCGACCCAGCAGUAGCUCCACCCACGCCCCGAAGACCCCCCGCCCGGCCAAAACAUGUCAGCAUCCCAGGGGGAUGCACUCCUUCUCCAACCCCCACCUGGCGCUGCCGCACGGCAAGGAACAGGCGGAUGCCGGCUUUGGGAAGAGCAGGAACCGCAUGCCGGUGGCCUUAUCCCGAACGGUCUUCGGACGGUCCUACACGCCUCCGUCUGCUACCGGCAGCCAGCGGGCCAAAGGCAGGCCGCGGCAAAUGAUCGGUGUAAUCCCUAAGCCAGCCAAGGCCAAUGGUCAAGGAUCGCACCUGUGCUCAAGCUCGGACCACGUGGCGCUGCCAUUGCUAUCGUCCCGUGUGCCGGGGAACAAGGCCUUGGCCGAGUCCCACCAGCAGCUGGAGAGGCUGCUCUCCGGGAUCGAGCGGGAGAGUUACGUAGUAGCACCUCCCCCGCAUCCGCCCGCGUGCGCCCGCCGAUCCGCAGCGGUCCGAGUUCGAAACGGAUCGAGGAUCUCGAAGGGGGUUCGCCGCCAGAUGGGUAGACACCCGCCAGCGCCGGCCGUAUCGCCCAUGCUCAGUGCCCGUUACAAGGAGAAUGAUUCAGAGGAGGCGGAUCAUAUCCGACACCUGGUACCAUUGGCCUGCAACCCGCAGCUGCUGCCGCCAGCCAAGCGGGAAGCGUUGCUGGAGCUAAUAUCGCGGGCCGAGCAGCACGACAAUGGCAUAGUGGAAUUGCUGCGGCCUUCCACCGAGAAUUCCUCCAGGGAUCCCAAGCUGUCGAUGUUCCAGAUGCUACCCCUAAGCCUGAACGAGUCGCCGUAUAGCGAAAAGAUCUGGACAGAAUGCAGCCAGGAGCUGCCUCAGCAGCUUCGAACCGAGGAUGAGCGCCUAAAGGAGGCAAAGAUCCUCCGCACUCCCAAUGGACAGAUGCUCCUAUCGCGCACCUUGGAGGAGGAGCUCAAGGACGAAAAGAUGGUGCUGAACUACAUGGAGGCGGAACUCAAGCGGCGGCAGCAGCCGGAAACUCUUGAUCCGGAGCCGCUCAACGAGCGCCAGCAGCAGGCCAUGCGGGAGCGGGCCGAGCUGGACCAGCAUAAGCAGCUGGUGAGUGAAUGCCGGGAAAGACGGCGCCAGUCCCAUCUCAAGAAGGAGCUGGCCGGAAACCUCAAGAAGCAGCGGCAAGAGAAAGUCGCUCCCUGCAGGAAGUUGGCCAAAGUUGUUCCUGAAAGCGACUAUGAAGAAGAGGACGUUCCGCUCUGGUCCGUUCCUCAUAGGGAUAGUCAAGCGUCACUCAGCGUCCAACGAGCCAUGGUGAAGGCAGAUGUUGACCCCCUGAAUGAGCUCCUCGAACGUCGGAAUGAAUUUCAGCCACAUUCUCAAGCUAUGCUCUUUCCUGAGAGCGAGGAUGAAGAAAAGGAUGCUCCGUCGCCAUCCAUUCUCCGGAGGAGCAAUCCACCCUCACCCUCACCCCAGCGAUCCGAAGCCAACGCAGAUGUUGACGACCUGAAUGAGCUGCUCGAGCGGCGGCAUCAGUUCCAGGUACAUUCCCAAGCCAUGGUUGUUCCUGAAAGCGAGUAUGAAGAAGAGGACGUUCUGCCCUGGUCCGUUGCGGAUAGCGAUAGUCAAUCCUCACCCACUGUCCAACGAUCCUUGGCCUCGGUAGAUGUUGACCCCCUGAAUGAGCUCUUCGAAGAGCGGAAUCAAUUUCAGAUACAUUCUCAAGCCAUGGUCUUUCCUGAGAGCGAAGAUGAAAGUAACGACACUCCCCCCUCAAACAUUCUCCGGGGGCCCCAGCGAUCCGUGGCCGAGGAAGAUAUUGACCCCCUGAGCGAGCUCCACAAAUGGCGGUAUCAGUUCCAGUUGAAUUCUCAGGCCUCUUGCCUCUACAAAAAUCGUCGAAGCUUAACACCCUGGAAGAACAUUGCAAGUGUGGCCACGAAAUGCAGCUUGGAGUUGUUGAACGAUGUGCUGGCCGCAUUGAAUCGUGGUUCCAGCGACAGAGACGAUUCUGAGGACAGCGAAAUGUCCGUAUAGAGAAACCUGCCACUGAUUAUUGUUGUCUCCCAACAUUUUCCAAACUACGGACCACUCGAUUAUACACCAAAGUAGCAUAAGUUCCAAGUAAAUUGAAAGUAAUUCGAAAUUCAGAUUCACUCAAAAUAUUAAUCGUGUACCUUCAAAUUUGGUUCUUGAAAUGUAAUUAAAUUCCCUAUAUGUUCGAAAUACUA